AUGUGCUAAUCCCUCAUCUAUUGUAUUCCGUUUCCCCAAUCCUGAGCCGAUCAAAGUCGAAGCCACCCCAAAAUUUCCCCUCGCACAGCCGCGCGGAUCGAGUCGCCGUCGAAUUCGCCUCUUCCGUCCGCUCGAUCCGACGCCGCGGGGCUGCUUCUGCGGAUCGUUUCGCCGGGGUGAUUUCGGUGUGAGAUUUGGGGGCGCGGGUGGGAGGAGGAGAUCGAGGCGAGCCGCGAGCAGCAGCCAUGAGCGAGGUGUUCGAGGGCUACGAGCGGCAGUACUGCGAGGCCUCCGCCUCCCUCUCCCGCAAGUGCACCGCCGCCUCCGCCCUCGAUGGAGAGAAGAAGAAGCAGAAGCUGUCCGAGAUCCAGUCGGGCGUGGAGGAAGCUGAAUCGCUGAUUCGUAAGAUGGACCUGGAGGCGAGGAGCUUGCAGCCCAGCGUGAAGGCAGGUUUGCUUGCAAAGCUGAGGGAGUACAAAUCUGACCUCAACAACCUCAAGAGUGAGCUCAAGAGGAUCUCGGCGCCAAAUGCCAAGCAGACUACCAGGGAGGAGCUCCUUGAGGCUGGCAUGGCUGACACGCUCGCGGUGUCUACUGAUCAGAGAGGAAGGUUGCUGAUGACUACAGAAAGACUGAAUCAGUCCACUGACAGAAUUAAAGAGAGCCGAAGAACUAUGUUGGAGACAGAAGAUCUUGGUGUGUCAAUUCUUCAGGACCUUCACCUACAACGACAGUCACUGCUACAUGCUCAUACCACUUUGCACGGAGUCGAUGAUAACAUUGGGAAGAGCAAAAAGAUCUUGGCAGCAAUGUCAAAGAGGAUGGACAGGAACAAGUGGAUAAUUGGGGGCAUCAUGGCAACUCUUGUUCUGGCCAUUCUUAUCAUACUGUACUUCAAGCUCACUCAUUAAACCUGCCUCCAGGUAGGUUCUCCACAUAUAUGUGUUCAGUAAUUGUGCGAUAAGAGUUGUCUGAAUGCUGUGUAUUGAGCAACGCAUGUCUCUCCAAGCUCAUUUGUUUCCCAAAAUUUGUAAACUUCAAGUGGCCCAUGUUAUGUACAGUGACACAGACACUUCAAUUAUGUAAACUGGCCAAAAAGUGAGAAAAGUUCACUUUUAUUGAGUCUC